AUGAAGUCCUUUUCUGUUAUUCUCCUGGCCGUGGCAUCGGUCUCAGCCGCCCCAGCCGGCACUCUUCGCCGCGAUGUAGGCGAAUCUAGCACUGGUAGCGUGGCUGCCCGGGCGGGCAUCUUAGACGCCUUUACCGGCGCCGUUCAGGGAGUCGUUGACACGGCAAGCGGCGUUGCUGGCGAUGCCAUCAACCUCGGUGCUCGGGCUGCUGAUGAGCCGCUUGAGGACUUUGAGAGGAAGGAGGAGGAGGAGGAGGAGGAGGCUGCUCGGACUGCGGCCAAGAGAGCCGUUAGGCUCGGCGCGCUCCAGGACUUUGAAAAGGAGGAGGAGGCAGAGGAUGCCGCUGCCGGUUUCGGCACCCGUGAUCUUGAAGAUUUUGAAAAGGAGGAGGAGGCAGAGGAUGCUGCGGCUGGUAUCAGCACCCGUGAUCUUGAGGACUUUGAAAAGGAAGAGGAGGAGGAGGAGGCAAGGACAAACGCCAAGCGAGCCACCACGGCCAAUGGCCUUGAGGACUUUGAAAAGGAGGAGGAGGAAGAGGAAGCCCGGGAGGCCAAGGCCUCUGGACUAGACGCUCGUGCUGAGCCCGAGGAGGAGGAAUGCGUCAACGAAGAAGACUAG